AGAAAAAAAGAAGAAUUAAUUUUCCACUCUCUCUCCUCUUCUCUUUCCCGGGAAAAUAAACGGCAUAGCAUCUUUCCCGCCGGAGGGGUGUGUGUACCACGAGUAUUAAAGCUCCGGCUUUGCCGGAAUAGACCUCAUCCUCCCCUUUUCCUUUUUUACUUCCAUUUUCCAUCCUGUUUUCCCCCAUUCUCCAAUUCCUCAUUUUCCCCAGUGUCCUUUCCUUUCCUUUCAUUUGCAAUUUUCGUUGACCCCAGGAAAAUGAGGAUAUAUUCUUGCUCCUUCGCCGCCGUGAUGUGGCUUAUGUUUCUGGAGUUCUCCGACGUUUUAGUUAACGCCGAGUUCAUUGACAUCUCUCACCAGUACGUUCCUGGCUUGCCCAAAUAUGAUUCGCCUUCAGGUCUGGGAGAGUUCAUGAGGAUUAGCACUGUUAUUGGUGUAAUGGGCUAUGAGUUCAACACCCACACAUUUAAUCUGAGUACGGAUUGCGGGACUCACGUCAAAGCCUUCACCGAUGUCGAAUCCUUAGAUCUCACCAUUCUCAACGGUCCAGUGUUGGUGGUGGAAGUUCCAAAGGACAAGAACAUAACUGCUGAAGUUAUGCAGAGUUUAAACAUUUCCAAAGGAGUAAAGCGUGUACUUUUCAGGACACUGAAUACUGAAAGGUAUCUUAUGUAUCAAGAAGAAUUCGACUCGAGCUACACUGGUUUCCAGAAAGAUGGGGCAGAGUGGUUGGUGAAAAACACUGACAUCAAACUUAUUGGACUUGAUUACUUGUCCAUUGCUGUAAAACCCGAUAAGGCUGAUGUGUAUCAGGUGUUGGGCAAGGAUGUAAUUCCCGUGGAAGGCUUAAAGCUCGAUAACGUUAAAUCCGGAGAAUAUUUCCUUCAUUGUUUACCUCUACGGAUGUCUGAGGCUAAUGCAGCACCAACAAGAUGCACCCUUGUCCAGUGAUCUUCUCCCUGGACAGGAUUGGUUACCUGUAUAUUUUAUGAAAUUUUAGAUCCAGGAUUUUGCUGUAAGCCAUGUCCUAUCAGUUCAUAUUUUAUUUGGUUGUAAAUUGUAAUCAGAAACGAUGUAAGGAAUCCUGCUUUGACUGUAAAAUCAGUACCAUUUUAUCUCGUA